AUGAAUAUUGUGACGGCCUACGACUACCCGUCGGCCCUCCACCUCGACCUCGCCGGCAUCGAUAUAUGCCUCGUCGGGGACUCGGCGGCGAUGAACGUCCACGGCCACGACACUACCCUUCCGAUCUCCCUCGACGAGAUGCUCCUCCACUGUCGUGCUGCUGCGCGUGGGGCCUCCACGCCCCUUCUUCUCGGAGAUCUGCCGUUUGGCUCCUACGAGUCCUCGCCCUCCCAGGCGGUGGAGGCAGCGGUCAGAAUGCUCAAAGAAGGGGGGAUGGACGCGAUUAAGUUGGAGGGUGGAUCUCCGUCGAGGAUUGCGGCGGCCAUGGCCGUUGUUGAUGCCGGGAUUGCUGUAAUGGGGCACGUCGGGCUCACACCGCAGCAGGUUAGCGUCCUUGGUGGGUUUAGAGCUCAAGGGAAGACAGUCGCCGGUGCUUUAAAGAUAGUGGAGAGCGCGAUAGCAUUGCAAGAAGCAGGGUGCUUCGCGGUUGUGUUGGAGUGCGUGCCGUCGCCGGGUGCAACUACUUUGGCGCUUCGAGUUCCGACCAUCGGAGCCGGUGCUGGUCCUUUCUGCAGUGGCCAGGCGCUUAUUUACCAUGACUUGGUGGGAAUGAUGCAACAAGCUCAUCAUGCUAAGGUCGCUCCCAGAUUUUCCAAGCGAUAUGGAAACUCCGGGGAGGUCAUACACAGGGCCCUCUCAGAGUUCAAAAAUGAAGUGGAGAGCAAAUCAUUUCCAGGUCCCAAGCACACUCCGUACAAAAUAAGUGAGGCUGAUCAUGUUGAGGGGUUCAUGAAUGAAUUACAGAUGAUGGGUUUGAGUGAGGCCGCCUCUGCGGCUGCUUCUGUUGCCGAGAUGGAGGCUGCUGCAAAAACGCAAGCUGGGGCGAAGGAGCGCAUCGGUUGAGCCCCUCCUCAUUAGCUAGCUAGCGCGAGUAUAUGCUUUGAGGAGAAUUUGUGGUAAAUAAGGACUUGGUGGGUGUAGAGUACGUGUGCUUCCAAGACCGUUUCUGAUAAAUAAAUAAUGUCCUUGUGCA